GGGGGCGCAGUAGCCUAUUCAGGCCUGUGUUCAGCAGAGGUGAAGAAGAGUAACAAUGGUGGCUGCGCUCAGUGACAGGACACAAACAGCGGACUGCUCCCGUGUUUAAGGUCGCUGCUCGGUGCGAAUCAGUCGGACUGGGACAGAAUGGCUCACCGAUACUUACGGAUGUACACGGGCUGCAGGAAGAUGAUGCGGCCGCAAAUAAGCAACACCACCCGACUGAGACUGGUUUCCUGCUCCGUGACUGGACGAGUAGAAAGUGGGUGGAGCCUACUGAACAAACUUUAUGGAGGAUGUCCGUUGCUGACCUCCAGACCUCCAAAAGGUUUUGAGAAAUAUUUCCCAGACACGAAGAAAGGUUCAAAUAAUUCCAAGGCUGAUCCAGACACGAAAGGACGGUCAAGUGGAGGGGAAGGGGCGUCAGGAGGAGGUGGGGCGUCAGGAGGAGGUGGGGCGUCAGGAGGAGGUGGGGGAAAACGACGUAAGGAUGAGUCUGAGUGGUACAGUCGUCUGCAGAAGGGUGACAUUCCAUGGGACGAUAAAGAUUUCAGGAAGUACUUAUUGGGUGGAGCGGCGUUCUGGAGUGCUGUGGCCUAUUAUGUCUUCUUCAUGGACCGAGGACGUGAGGUCACCUGGAAGGACUUUGUCAACAACUACUUGUCAAAAGGAGUGGUGGACCGACUGGAAGUCGUCAACAAACGUUACGUUAAAGUGAUUUUCUCUCCAGGGAAGGCACCCAUGGAUGGGCAGUUCAUCUGGUUCAACAUUGGCAGCGUGGACACGUUUGAGCGAAACCUGGAGACGGCGCAGUACGAGCUGGGAGUUGAGGGUGAGAACAAGCUGCCCGUGGUUUACUCCACUGAGAGUGAUGGAACCUUCCUCCUAAGCAUGUUCCCCACUGUGCUUAUCAUCGGUUUCCUGCUCUUCAUGCUUCGGCGAGGACUCGGAGGUCCGGGUCGGUCUGGCCGGGGGAUGGGCGGACUCUUCAGCGUUAGUGAGACCACGGCCAAGAUCCUAAAAGACGAGAUUGACGUCAAGUUCAAAGACGUCGCCGGCUGUGAAGAGGCCAAAGUGGAGAUCAUGGAGUUUGUCAACUUCCUGAAAAAUCCUAAACAGUACCAGGACCUCGGCGCCAAGAUACCGAAGGGCGCCAUCUUGACCGGUCCUCCGGGAACAGGGAAGACUCUCCUGGCCAAGGCGACAGCGGGCGAGGCCAACGUUCCCUUCAUCACUGUCAACGGUUCCGAGUUCCUGGAGAUGUUUGUGGGCGUGGGCCCAGCCAGGGUGAGAGAUCUAUUUGUCAUGGCGAGGAAGAACGCCCCCUGCAUCCUCUUCAUUGAUGAGAUCGAUGCCGUGGGCCGAAAAAGAGGGCGAGGGAACUUUGGAGGUCAGAGUGAGCAGGAGAACACCCUGAACCAGCUGCUGGUGGAGAUGGACGGCUUCAACACAGCCACCAACGUGGUGGUUCUGGCGGGAACCAACAGACCCGACAUCUUGGAUCCAGCGCUGCUGAGACCGGGACGCUUUGACCGGCAGAUCUACAUAGGUCCUCCUGACAUCAAGGGUAGGGCGUCAAUCUUCAAAGUCCACCUGCGCCCUUUGAAGCUGGAGAACAGUCUGGACAAAGACGCUCUGGCUAAGAAGAUGGCGGCUCUGACGCCCGGGUUUUCAGGGGCAGACAUCGCAAACGUCUGCAAUGAAGCAGCGCUCAUUGCCGCUCGCCACCUUUCAGACGCCAUCAACCAGAAACACUUUGAACAGGCCAUCGAGAGGGUGAUUGGAGGUCUGGAGAAGAAGACACAAGUUCUGCAGCCGGAGGAGAAGAAGACGGUAGCAUAUCACGAAGCCGGUCACGCGGUGGCUGGAUGGUUUCUGGAGCACGCAGACCCACUUCUGAAGGUGUCAAUCAUCCCUAGGGGUAAGGGUCUGGGUUACGCUCAGUACCUGCCCAAGGAGCAGUACCUCUACACCAAGGAGCAGCUGCUGGACCGCAUGUGUAUGACCCUGGGAGGACGGGUUUCUGAGGAGAUCUUCUUUGGGAGGAUCACCACUGGAGCCCAAGAUGACCUGAGAAAGGUCACCCAGAGUGCUUAUGCUCAGAUUGUCCAGUUUGGGAUGAAUGAGAAGGUGGGACAGGUUUCCUUUGACCUUCCUCGUCAGGGUGAGGUGGUUUUGGAGAAACCUUACAGUGAAGCCACAGCUCGACUCAUCGACACCGAAGUCAGAACCCUGAUCAGCCAGGCCUACCAGAGAACCCAUCAGCUGCUCAGCAACAAGAGACCAGAAGUUGAAAAGGUGGCGUUACGGCUGCUAGAGAAAGAGGUGCUGGAUAAGAAUGACAUGGUUGAACUGCUGGGAAAACGCCCGUUUGCUGAGAAGUCGACGUAUGAAGAAUUUGUGGAGGGAACUGGAAGUCUGGAGGAGGACACAACUCUGCCAGAAGGUCUGAAGAACUGGAACCAGGAGAGGAGGAACAAGGACGAGAACCAGGACCACUUGGAGGGCCAACAGAUCUCUGGAGAAAUGCCCUUUUGAAACCUUCAAGGUCAAGAUUGUCUGACAUUCUGAAGAAACCAGGGUUCUAAGUUGACCUUUUACCCAUUAUUAAAAAGACACCAGGAACCCUCUCUGUAGGGUUCUACCCCCAUGGACCAGAAGACCUGCUGUAUCUGGUCCUGUGAUAGGACCGGUGCCACUUAUUUGGAGAUUGUUGAUGUACUGAAAUGUUCUGGUUCACAUACAGAUGGAAGAGACUUUAAUGAGUAAAUGAUUCGUCUUCAUCACGUUUUAAUAAAAGUUAAUAAAAUAAAAACUCACUCAGAAAA